UUCACUCAAACUUCAAGAGAAAAUAAAGUUCAGAGAGAGAAACAAAGUUUAGAGAGAGAAACUGUGAGAGGAGAUGGGAGAGAGACCGGCAGAUGAAGAAACAAUGACAGAAAGAUAAGACCCAUGGUUAACUAAGAAGGAAGACAGACCCCCACUUCAACCUAGAGAGAGAGAUCAAUCAAACUAUGGUGAGAAUGUAAUGGCGUUUGAUUUUUCUUGGUGAUUUUAAGGAGGUGCAGACGGUGAUGGCACGGCCGCCAUGGCUGAAACCUCUUUUAGGAACCAGCUUCUUUCGCCAAUGCAAGUCACAUGGCGAUUCAAACAAGAACGAAUGCAACAUGUUCUGUUUGGAUUGCAUCAGUGACGCCCUAUGCUCCUCCUGUCUCCUUGUCCACCGCCAUCAUCGCAUCAUUCAGAUAAGGAGAUCGUCAUACCAUGAUGUGAUCAGGGUGUCGGAGAUCCAGAAAGUGCUGGACAUUGGUGGGGUGCAGACAUAUGUAAUAAAUGGUGCUAAGGUUGUGUUUUUAAACCAUAGGCCUCAGCCCCGCCCAGGGAAAGGGGUCACAUAUGCCUGUGAGAUUUGUGAUAGAAGCCUCCAAGACCCUGCCCGAUUCUGCUCCUUAGGCUGCAAGAUGGCUGGAAUGACGAGUAAUAGAAAAUCCAGUGAAGACACUCACAUUGCAUCAUCACAAUGCAUGGCACCCCAAACACCACCAUCUUCUUGCAGGACCAGGCGAAGAAGAAAGGGAAUCCCCCAGAGGUCACCCAUGGGAAGCUGCUAAUAUUAGCUUAAUUCGUCCCAAAAAAUUGAAGUCCGAAAAAACAAUCAUCAUUUUAGCCUUUUUCCAAUUAAUUCGAUCAGCAUUCGGAAGAAACAAUAAUAAAUUCAAAUUGAAUUAAGUUUCGCCUUUAAGCUCAUAAUUUGGGUUUUGAUUUGCGGUUUGCAAAGAGGAAAAGGGCCCAUUUGUUUUUAGCUCUGUGGCUUUUAGAGAGAGAAUCCACAAGGUUUGUAAAACCCUUUGAAGGGAGGAAUAGCAGGGCAGAGAGAGUGACUUGUGAAUAAUACAUGUUACUGCUUUCUUCAGGUUAACUCAAAUACAUGUUAACUGUUACAAAGACAUAUAUACAUAACAAGUUCCAUGAAA